GGAUUUUUAAGUUCAUGGAACUGGAGCAGAAUGAUGGCGCAUAUAGUUGUGAAAUCAGGCUGAGGGAGAAUCCUCAGAGGCGCAAGGAUAAAGUAGUUAUUGGCUGUGGAGCUGGUUUUGGCGGGGACAGGUCGUUUGCGGCUGUCAAGCUUCUUCAGAGAGUAGAAGGGUUAGACUAUCUCGUACUUGAAUGUCUGGCAGAGCGGACCUUGGCCGAUCGUUACCAAGUUAUGGCAUCUGGUGGAGAUGGUUUUGAUUCUCGAAUUUCGGAGUGGAUGUCCUUGCUUCUACCUUUGGCUGUGGAGAAGGGAACUUGUAUAAUUACAAACAUGGGUGCAAUGGACCCACUUGGUGCACAGAAAAAUGUCAUUAACAUAGCCACAAAUUUAGGGCUUCAUGUAACCGUGGCUGUGGCGUAUGAAGUUGCUCUAACAAAAUCAGGCUCAGGGUCAUUGGUUACCUCAGAAGGUGGUGCCAGCACAUAUUUAGGAGCAGCUCCCAUUGUCCAAUGUCUAGAGAAGUAUGAACCACAUGUUAUAAUUACGUCACGGGUUGCUGAUGCAGCAUUAUUCUUAGGCCCAAUGGUCUAUGAACUAGGAUGGAAUUGGAAUGACUUACAGUUGCUGGCACAAGGAUCUCUUGCUGGCCAUCUUCUGGAGUGUGGCUGUCAACUCACAGGAGGGUACUUCAUGCAUCCAGGGGAUAAAUACAGAGACCUAUCUUUUGAGCUUCUUUUCGAUUUAUCACUUCCUUUCGCUGAAGUUGGUUUUGAUGGAAGUGUAUGCGUAGCAAAGGCAGAAGGCAGUGGAGGGGUUAUAAGUUUUAGUACAUGUGCUCAACAACUUAUCUAUGAGGUUGGAGAUCCAGCUGCCUAUAUUACUCCCGAUGUGGUUUUAGAUUUUGGAAAUGUUUCUUUCCAUUCAUUAUCAAGAGACAAAGUUGCUUGUGUUGGUGCGAAACCAUCUGAUCAGUGUAUUCCGGACAAACUGUUGAAGUUAAUUCCAAAGGAUUAUGGAUGGAAAGGCUGGGGAGAGAUAUCCUAUGGAGGAUAUGGAUGUAUAAAACGUGCUAAAGCAGCUGAGUUUCUGGUUAGGUCAUGGAUGGAAGAAGUACUUCCUGGUGUUAAUGAGCGUAUUGUUUCCUAUAUUAUAGGACUUGAUAGCCUGAAAGCAACCAACAUCAGUGAAGCCACAUUGUUGGAACGAGACAGUGAAGACAUAAGGCUACGCAUGGAUGGACUGUUUGAGCAGAAGGAGCAUGCAGUUCAGUUUGUGAAAGAGUUCACUGCUUUAUAUACAAAUGGACCAGCUGGUGGCGGUGGGAUUAGCACAGGGCACAAGAAAGAGAUAAUUCUUGAAAAAGAACUGGUUGGACGUGAAUCUGUGCUGUGGAAAACUGGAGCCGAAGUCACUGAAGUUAUGGACUCAAGCCUGGAGACCAGCCCAAAAAAUGAUAGAGUGAAAGAUCAUAGUUUACAUGGGACACACUUGGAGGCAAGCAAGGAGAAAACUGCAUUUGGUGCUCAUAUGGAGUUGCCAUCACUAAAAGUUGAAGUAGUUCCUGCUCCAGCGGGCCAAAGGAUUCCACUUUAUCAUGUAGCACAUGGCAGGGCUGGAGAUAAGGGAAAUGACUUGAAUUUCUCCCUUAUACCACAUUUCCCUUCAGACAUUGAGAGGCUGAAGACGGUAAUAACACCCGAAUGGGUGAAGCAAGUGGUCUUAAGUCUUUUAGGUAUGUCUUCCUCUUGUGAUCCUGAUGCCAUCAAGAAGAGAAACUGUUGGGUUAAUGAACACGUGAAAGUCGAGAUAUAUGAAGUCAAGGGAAUCCAAUCUUUGAAUGUCAUGGUCCGAAACAUUCUUGAUGGUGGUGUCAAUUGUUCUCGGAGGAUUGACAGGCAUGGCAAGACAAUAUCGGAUCUCAUUUUGUGCCAGCAAGUUGUGUUGCCUCUGUGAUUGAGCUGCAAGGUAUCAUUAUCACUUAAGCAGUACUAUUCAAAGAGGUUCUCUGCAUUUUCAUGCACUAUAACUUUGAGAGUCAAUAAUUGCUGUGUAAAU